GUCACAGCGACUGCUUACUCCGGACGUUGCAACGAACUAGUCGAGAUGCUAAAGAUUUUCAUAUUUUUGCUCCUGAUCGGCCUCGGGGCGUGUCAGGUGGUGCGACCGUGCGCGCUGUCCGACCUAGCAUGCAUAGGGCGCAAUCUAGCGGCCAACUCGCGCUGCAACCCCAACGUUCCGGGUCGCAUCCCCGCCCGCUACUCCGUGCAAUCUCUACCCUUCUACGCCCCCUACUUCAACGCCACCUACAUCGACUACAAUCUAGUUGUUAGCAAUCAUAAUAGAUGCAGAGUCUCAGAAUUCUUCAUAAACUUGUCAAGUAAGACGGCAGUUCUGUCUUUGGACUGCCCCGACCUGGACUUCGCAUCCAACCGGCUCACCAUCCAGCACGCUUCGCUACAGGAGGACCGAGAGUUCAGCUACACGAUACAGGGGACUUAUCCUUUGAUCCGUUUGACAACAAAUCUGCACGCAUCCAAUGGCCUGAAUCUUUGUUCGUCGUUCACUUUUGCCGACGUCGUCGCUCUGCCAAAGUUCCGUCUAAAUCCCAAUAAUAAGAAAACUGCGAAUUACCUUUCUCGUGACCUCACGUUGUUGAAUAUUUUCGAAAGGGAAUGCUUCUUUUGGCGCGCGUCUUUGCUCGCCCGUUAUUUCAUCAAUUCGCUUAUUUGCAACUUUGGUUGUAAUUCUUAAGAACUUAAAAUCUGAACAGUUGUGUCAUUUUUCUUAAUUGGAGAUAUUUUUGAAGAAAUAUUUGGUUAAAA